UUUGUUCUUUUAAUCUUUUUAGGGUUUCUGAUUAUUCCUUUCCUCCUCCUCUUCUUCUUCUUCUUCUUAAGUUUUGAUUCCACUGGAAAAAAUUUCCCUGGUGAGCUUUUUAGGGUUUUUGCAGCAUUGUUUUAAACGCUUGAGUUCUCAUGGUGAAAAAGUAGGAAAUGGUGAGAGGAAAAAUUCAGAUGAAGCGAAUUGAAAAUGCAACAAGCCGGCAAGUGACCUUCACCAAGCGUCGAAACGGGCUGUUGAAGAAGGCUUACGAGCUUUAUGUUCUCUGCGAUGCUGAAGUUGCUGUCAUCAUAUUUUCACACAAAGGAAUACUCUAUGAGUUCUCAAGUUCUAACAACAUGCAGAAGACUAUAGAACGAUAUCACAAUUGUAUUAAAGAAGUCCAAACUGACGUCCCUGACAUGGAACUAUACGUUCAGCAACUAAGGCUUGAAGCAGAAAGCAUGGCUAAGAAGAUCGAGUAUCUUGAAGUUUCUCGAAAAAAGCUGUUGGGUCAAAAUCUUGGUUCGUGCUCUAUAGAGGAACUUAAGGAAGUUGAAAGCCAGCUCGAACGAAGCUUAAGAAGCAUUAGGGCAAGAAAGGGCCAUUUAUUCCAGGAGCAGAUAGAGAAACUAAAAGAUAAGGAAAGAUUUAUGCGAGAAGAGAAUGCAAAGUUAUCUGCAAAGAACGAAGCUCUAACAUGCAGCAGGCAGAAUUCAGAGGUAGAAACUGAACUGUUCCUGGGAUUGGGAUUGCCGGAAAAUCGCUGUUCCUAGCAGCAGGUAGAAUUGCGGUGCUGAAAUGGUAUUCCUUGCAGGAAUAAUGUUGUUUGUAUGUUGUAUCCACUAUCACUGCUAGUGUUACAUUGAUGUGCUUAUUUUAGUUCCUGUUGUAACUUAUAAGCGUGUGUGUAUAUAUAUAUAUAUCAUCAUGGAAGCGUGUACGCUUCGUGUGUCUGAAAAUUCGCAUACUUGGAGGUUC